GUUCCAGAGCUAUGCUGGAACAUAAACAAAGCCAUUUUUAUAUAUAUAGAAGAUGUGGUCUUCAAGUUAUGACAGUCCGAUGGGGCUGAAGGAAGGUGCUUACCAGUCCUUCAAGUCUGAUAAGAUUUUUUGAUAAGUGAUUUGAGGUUAAUGGAGGCAAAAGUUUGAGAAGGACUUAAUGUUUCCCUUCAUCCCUUCCUUGCAGGCCACUGCGAUUUUGGCUCCAACUGUAGAUUUUCUCACAUGACGGGGUUGGAUCUCGAGAAGCUGAACAUGCAUGUACAAGAGGAGAGGAGAGCAAAAGAGGGGCAGCAGGAUGGCACGGCGCUCCCGAUGGGCACGGUCGAAGAAUGGUUGGAGAAACACGCCAAACGGCGACGGGCAGCUGAGACAGACAGUCCUCUUCCCGAAGAAGAAUUGGUUUUCCAGUACCCGCCUGGUUGGCCCCCGGUCCAGGAACUGCCGCCUUCCCUGAGAGCGCCCCCUCCUGGCGGAUGGACGAUCCCCCCAGGUCUCCACUGGGGCUGAGAGUGGCGGGAGAUGAAACGAUGGGCCGUUUCAGGCCGCGGAUUCUCGGCCUGCCCCUGGAGAAAAGAGACAACGCAGCUGAACACGUUUCCAGAAAUUCCUGCCCCGCCGGCUAAUUUAGAAGGGACCGAAACAAACAGCAGGAUAAUUUAUUUAAAUGGUCUCCGUGAAUGACUCCCAGCGCCGGGGGGCUUCCUUCGAUGUGCGGUGCUGAGCCAGAGCCAGCAAGGACCGUCUCCGAAAUCCCACUUAUCAAGAGGUUGCUUUCGAUGGGUGUUUUAUUGCCCGGCAACCUCUCUGCCCCCUCCCCAACCCCCCCCCCCGGGAGUUGCUCAAUUUAAGCGCCAUCAAAGGAAAAUUACGUAUUAAUGAGGAUUACCAUAUUUUCCGGACUGUAAGACACACUUUUUUGUCUCCCCAAAGUGGGUGAAAAUGUCUGUGUGUCUUAUAGACCGAGAAAUUACGUAUUAAUGAGGAUUACCGUAUUUUCCAGACUAUAAGACACACUUUUUUGUCUCCCCAAAGUGGGUGAAAAUGUCUGUGUGUCUUAUAGACCGAGAAAUUACGUAUUAAUGAGGAUUACCGUAUUUUCCGGACUAUAAGACACACUUUUUUGUCACCCCAAAGUGGGUGAAAAUGUCUGUGUGUCUUAUAGACCGAGAAAUUACGUAUUAAGGAGGAUUACCGUAUUUUCCGGACUAUAAGACACACUUUUUUGUCACCCCAAAGUGGGUGAAAAUGUCUGUGUGUC